UUUAUGCGUUAAAUAGCUUAAAAAUGGAUAUUAGUGUAAGACCAAGUGAUAAAAGUAAAGGAGAAACACCCAGGAAGAAGGUUCGAGCACCAAACCACUGGAAAAGAGCCCAGGCAAAAAAGAAAAGAUAUGCUCCGAAGGGUUUUCCGGAUUUUCCUACGUGUAACCACACCAAAGGCGCCCUACUUUGCCGAUCAUUGACAGCCCAGGACAUAAGAAGAUUUCAUUCUGCUUUUUAUAAGGAACAUGAUAAAAUAUACCAAGACAACUUUGUUCUAAAGCAUAUAACAAUGAACGUGAUAAAGCGAAGAAGACCCAAAAACCAAAAAAAUAUUAAAAAACAAGCUAGAGCAAAAUAUUUCAUAACAAACCGUGAGAAGAAAAUGGUUCCGGUGUGUUUGGGUACUUUUCUGAGGGCCUUAAAUAUUUCCAGAUUUAGAAUUAAUAAAAUUGCUGACCGGUUUUAUUACAAACAUGAAAUGCCGAAGGAGAGGAGAGGCGGUGACACUACUGGUAACAGAUUUGUGGCUAAAAAAGAAAGUAUUAUGACGUUUAUUAAUAGUUUAAAGUGCAGUGAAACUCAUUACUGUACAAACAGAAGUGGCCGGAAAUAUUUGCCUGCAGAACUAAAUAUAAAGAAGCUCUGGCGAAUGUAUCAGACCAAUGCGGAAGAUCACCUUAAAGUGAAAGACAGUUAUUUUAGAUAUAUUUUUAAUAGAAAAUACAACUUGGGAUUCGGAUCACCUAGGGUGGACGUAUGUUCUACUUGCCUAGAAUUGGCAGAAAAAAUAAAGUCGACAAAGAGUGAUGCCGAGCGAAACAUGCUUCUUGUUGAGAAACGGGUCCACAAGCUACGAUCACAAGCAUUUUACGGUUUGUUACAAGAAGACCGUGAAGAUCUCCUAAUAUUAUCUUUCGAUUGCCAAAAAAAUCAACCUCUACCUAAACUUCCGGAUCAGUCCUCCUACUACACCCGUCAGCUAUAUUUAAAUAAUUUUUGUGUUGUAAAGGGUCAUUCAAAAUCCAAACUUGACAAAGAUAAUGUAACAGCUUACACGUGGACAGAGAAUGAGUUUUCUAAGGGAUCCAAUGAGAUUUCAUCCUGUUUAUAUGACACUUUGAAUUCUAUUGAUCUGACCCCUACAUGA